AGGGGGCGGGGGAAAGGGGGCUCGUUCGGCGAGUUGGCGUGUGUACGCCGAGUGGAGGUGAGGAAGAGGAGGAUGGUGCUGAGAGCAGAGGAUGAGAGGAAGAGUGGAGUUAUAAUCAAGCUCGGUAGCGAGGACGGUGUGCGAUCGCGUUUCGUGGGUGAUCUGAAGAAAGAGGGAGAUCUGUGCCCGUUGAAACGUUACGAUUACACAUUUUAACCCCCCGAAAACACUGGAACGGAAAUUUUAAACUUUUACCCGCCGUGGUUCUGCUACUGUGCAGGGUGUUCUCGCUUUGUUUCGCCUGGUGGAAUACACAGCAGUUCGUCGCCGUUUUUUAUGCAAGCGGGGAAUCCCUUUGCUGCUGCGUUCAUAGGAGAACCAGAGAAUGGCGGCUAACAUGUAUAGAGUAGGAGAUUACGUGUACUUUGAGAACUCCUCCAGUAACCCUUACCUGAUCCGCCGCAUCGAGGAGCUCAGCAAGACGGCAAACGGAAAUGUGGAAGCCAAGGUUGUGUGUCUGUUCCGGAGGAGAGACAUCCCUACUCAUCUCAACACCCUGGCAGACAACAAUGCCAGGGAGUUUGAGGACGACUCUAAGCAGCCGGCAUCUUCAGAGCCACAGAAACACCAGCUGAAGCACCGGGAGCUGUUCCUGUCCCGCCAGUUUGAGUCCCUCCCCGCCACACACAUACGGGGGAAAUGCAACGUGACGCUCCUGAACGAAACCGAUCUGCUCACCAGAUACAUGGAGAAAGAGGACUCCUUCUUCUACUCACUGGUGUUUGAUCCAGCCCAGAAAACACUUCUGGCUGACCAGGGGGAGAUCAGGGUUGGCUCCAAAUAUCAGGCGGAGAUUCCAGAUAAGCUGGGAGAAGGAGAAUCAGACGGCCGCAUUCAGGAGAAGCUGGAGACGAAGGUUUGGGAUCCAGACAACCAGCUAAAGGACUCGCAGAUUGAUCAGUUCCUGGUGGUGGCACGUGCUGUUGGGACGUUUGCUCGCGCACUCGAUUGCAGCAGCUCCAUCCGACAGCCGAGUCUGCACAUGAGUGCCGCUGCUGCCUCCAGAGACGUCACACUGUUCCACGCCAUGGACACGCUGCAGCGGAGCGGGUAUGACCUGGCGCAGGCCAUGUGCGCCCUCGCGCCCCAGGGGGGGCCGGUGCUGUGCCGGGACGAGAUGGAGGAGUGGGGCGCUUCGGAGGCCAUGCUGUUCGAGGAGGCGCUGGAGAAGUACGGCAAGGACUUCACCGACAUCCGGCAGGACUUUCUGCCCUGGAAGUCCCUGGCCAGCAUCGUGCAGUUCUACUACAUGUGGAAGACCACGGACCGCUACAUCCAGCAGAAAAGGCUCAAGGCCGCGGAAGCUGACAGCAAGCUGAAGCAGGUUUACAUCCCGACCUACACCAAACCCAACCCCAACCAGAUAAUGGCGCCAGGCACUAAACCUGGCAUGAACGGAUCGGCCGGCUUCCAGAAGGUUCUGAGCUGCGAGAGCUGUUUCACUGCACAGUCUCCACAGUGGUACGCUUGGGGACCUCCCAGCAUGCAGUGCAGGCUGUGCGCCUCGUGCUGGAUCUACUGGAAAAAGUACGGAGGCCUGAAGACCCCCACGCAGCUAGAGGGCGCUGCUCGACCCAGCACGGAGGCGGCGGCGCCCCGAGGUCACAUGUCCCGGCAGGAGGUGCAGGGCGCGCCCCCAUUCACCACCAGCGCUGGCCGGGCGAAACUUCUGGCCAAGAACCGGCAGACUUUCAUUCUGCAGACCGCCAAGCUGAGCCGCGUGGCCCGGCGACUGUGCCACGACGUGCUGCAGCCGCGACGGGCCGCCCGCCGCCCCUACGUCCCCAUCAACUCCACCGCCGUCAAAGCAGAGUGUGUGAUCAGACUCUCGAAGCCGGCAAAGCCUCCUGUGAAGACCAGGGUCCUGCCCCGCGCCGACCUGGCCUCCAUAGUCAAAGAGCUGGCGCUACAAGCUCCUCUUCGACUCGUGGCUCCGAGCAGCGCGCCUGCUGCCAUGAGUUGUAACCAAGGCAACCAGCCUCGGAGUGCCUCGAGCCUGCUGGGCAAGAGGCCUUUUGACAGCGUGGGAGGUGCCGAGCUGUCCACCAAUGGCAGACCGUUUACCUCAGGAAUGCGGACCACCUCACAGUCCCUAAUCAAGCGACAGAAGGUGAACCAAGGAGACUCCCCAACCCCUGUGGUGUUUGUGGCGACUAAAUAUACCAGAGCCCUGAGGAAGGCUCUGACCCAGACAGAGAUGAGGCGUGCUGCCAGGAAACCCCACCUCCCCAUCAAGUUCAAGGUCCUCCCCCCACUUCCCCCCAUCCAGCCCCCCCGCAGCAGUGAGCCAAUCGUGCUCGAGGACUGAGGACUGAGGACGGGGGAGGGGGGCCACCUUCACUUCCGUUACAUCCCAGGAACACACAUUCCUCAACCCCACCCCUGCCCUACCACACUCAUGUGCGUGCGUGCAAGACCUUUUUCUUUUUUUUGGGGGGGGGGGGCUGAGGGGUGGAUGGAAUUUUGCUUCAAUGUUACUGCCCACUGACACACAUUCUCCACCAUGUGUGUCAGUACGCUGGUCAUGAGAGGAACACCGUCAAGCGUCGUGUCUGUUUCUCUGUAACACCCACGCCUCCUUGUUCAUGUACAAUGCAUUGCUUUUCUCCUUCCAACACAUCCAAUCAGGUUAUGGGUAAACACAACAUACGAUGUCUUCAAAUUAACUUAAAAUCCUAAAAGUCAUAUUUUUGUAUAAAAUGCUUGCAAUUUGUCCUUGACAUGGAAAGGUUUAAUAUUCUGUCCAUGGCAGGAGCUUUGGGAAGGGAUUUGGAGGAAUGGGAUCUAAAUUUUGUACAUUAAUAAUGGGAGAAAAAAAAUCUGUGAUUGUCUUUUUCUUAAGUUGUUUCUUUUUAAACAAUCUUUUCCUAAUAAUGUCUCUUUAGAUGGAAAAAAAGGAAUAAAACAUUUUUUUCGUC